AUGUUGGUGCAGUGGACACAGGCAAGCUCAACAAUCCUGAUCAUGGUGGUCACCGUUGUCACCUCUGACUCACUCCUGCUCAUGAACUGUCUGAGGAAGCUCGCAGCAGAGUACUGGAACAACGUGCUUGUGACAUUGCACGCUGAGCAUCCUCACCCUGAUUCAUCCGGAAUUCUGGCGUGGCUGUAUUUGUUCGGUCUGCCAUCUGCAACGCAUCCAUUGGUACAGCGAGACGUGGACGCUGCGAUUAGGAUUGCGCGUGAGGGGGCGCAUCAUUCGCCACCUUGUGGGCGAUGCUACGCUUUGCUGGGAUUUCUUCUUGGCUUGGGAUACCCUCCGCUGGUUGGAGCUGUGCACCUCGUGCAAGACGGAUCAGGCGAGCCCAGACUUCUCAUCCUCGGAGACGUCACAGCCCAUGCCCCAGCAACAGAAGAUGCAGCACGCUUACCGCGCGACGUUGGCCCGCCAGAUCCUGCUGCAGCCGCAUAUGUCCUUGCAUAUACAGCAGGUGAUCCACUUGGCACGCUUGUCACUGCUUACUUGAAUCGAACAGGCAUGGUCAAUCUGACCCUGACCGAACCUGGUCCCAACCAAGCCUCUGCUCUUGUGUCACGCCAGCCCAGGACCACUGCUGAAGCAGCCUGCAACGAAGCUUUGGUCAAUUCAUUGGGCACUCUAGCUGCCUCAACCAUUGACGAGAUUCAGGCUAAGUCUUGGGGUCCCGUGCCCGACCCACUUUCUCAAGGUGCAUCAAAGAAGAGUGCUGACAAAGCCUUUCUUGAGCACAUCCUGGCUGAUCCGCCCAGGUCCUCGGCAUCUGAUCUUGCUAAGGCCUGCAGUAUGUUGGAAGCAGGUUCUGUUCGUUCAGAGGAGCUGCCGGCAGUGGCCCGACAAUCUGCCAACGUGAGUCAGCUUCGGGCUUUGGCCGCUUCCAAAGGCGAUCGGAAGUCAGCUCUCCGCGUAGCUGUGGAGCACUUGCAGGAGAACGAAACUGAGAAGGCAAAACCGCUGCUUAGCAGCGUCGUGUCGGCCGUGUCUGCAGAUGCAUCGGAUGAAGCAGACAUUGAGAUGGCCAAGUAUUACCUGGAGCGCUUCGUCUCCUCCAACGCGUCUGAUGUCACAGACGCUAGGCGACAUGCUUGGCAGCAUCUCGUGAAGGCUGCGGAUCUUGGCAGGGAGGACGCCAAACUGCUGGUGGCCCAUGCGCUUGUAGAUGGAAGCGACGCGGUUGAAGCUUCGAAUGGGUCAAAUAGCAUGGAGGCGAUCCGUCGCUACAGGCAAUUAUUGCCAGAACCUGACAAGCCCAAUGACACGAUGCCACCACCGCAGCGUCGGCAUGGAGUCUUGACUCCGGUGCAAGCAUUUGCAGCUUACAAUUUGGGGGUGCUCUCCCUCCAAGAUGGUGCUGCUCUUCCGGAGCCGAGAUCUUCGGAUUCCCCCGAGCUGGGCCUGGUUGGUCAGAAUCACACAGAGACAACCAGAAAUAGCACGGCCAGCAGCAGUGGCGAUUCGGACCGCUUGCCUUCGGACACUCUGGGCGCAGAUUCUGGAGAGCGUGCCAGCGGCAUCUGCGCCGCAGACGUGCAAGACUCCUUCCUGGAAGUUGCGCUGUCCCAGUCCAACAUAGUUCGCCUCAUCAUAUCCUUGGAGCGGCGGUCUGCUAGACUUGGUGAUGAAGUCGGUGCGCUGAUGUUGGCUAUGCUCUUAAGUGACAUUGGCCACGAUCUCGGUCAUGCCGAUGCUGCGUACUUGUGGGACAAGUGGGCGGCCCAUCAACCACCUCACAUGGUGAUGAUCCACGAUGCGCAGACCCGUGAAAAUGAGAAGGUGCACCAACCCUGCGACCUCCGUGGUUGGUGGACGUCAUCUUCCCUGGACUUAGCUUCCAAGAAUGUGACCUUGUUGUACGCAGCCGAGGUGACGGGAGGAGGCACUGAGAUGUUCAAUGCCAGCCUGGCCGACAGCCAACGUCUUGCAGGCUUGGAAACAAAGGAGAUUAUCCAGCCCAAGCCGGAGAGGGUGGAAUUUCGACAUUUGUAUUCGUUCCUGUGGCACACCACUGCUGAUGCUUUUCCUGCUGGUGCACCUGUGCCUGUGGCUCUGCAACCUCCUGGGGCAGUGCCGCACCUUCUGGAGUUCCACCAUCAGCGUGGUAAGCUUCAGAUGGACAAAUCCUGCAACACUGCCAUCGUGGAGGGCAUGUAUGUCAACUGGACUUUCCAUCGCUUAGAUGCCAAGGAGCCCCCUGAGGCAGAUGUGAGCGAGAUGGUGGCUGAAAAGCGUGAACCAGGUGCCGAUCCUGCGCUCGUUGCUGCCCGCGACUUCUUGCACUGCUGGGUUCGGCCAGAACGCUACCACCGAAGCCUACAAGCGAAUUUGGCUGUGCAGCAGAAUGGGCCUGCACAAGGUACUUGGCAGGAGCUCCUCUCCCUCACCGUGAGUGCUGACUGUCCGUGCUACGGCGGGUUUGGGUGCCGACGAGGUGAUGGGGCUUGUGAGGCUCUCGCGAAGCAGUCGGCAGGCGCUGGCGAGGAGCUGUCUGCUUGUCGCCCGGGGUCUUCCCUGUGUCGGGAGGUGCCUGCAGGUUUAGAACCUGUACGACCCUUGUUCGCUGCUGCGCCUGACAUCUGCGCCUUCUACUUCCAUCGGAGGGCGGCUCAUGAUGGCCGAAUUGACGCCAUGCAUGUUCUUUCGCAUGCCUUCAGCAAUGGCUACCGUGGUGCCCCUCAGGAUGCUGCUGAGGCUUUCUACUGGAGUCAGCAGGCCAUGGCAGCUGGCGACCUACGAGGGCGAUUUGAUGUGGCGUACUCCAUUGAGAACGGUCUGGGCACGGAAAAAGAUCCUGCACGUGCCUACGAGCUCUAUCAGGAGAUCCUGACAGCUCAGGGCCACGGUGACGACCUGGCAGCAAGAGCCGCCUCCUUUCUGGCGAUCCUGGCUGCCUCAGGCCGUGCCUGGGCAGGCCGCACCUAG